AUGACGCGACGGUUUACAUCGUUCUUCCUGAAGUUUGCGUGCCUUUUGACCCUGAUGGGAAUCUUGUGCCCUGCGCCAAACGCCAGCUUCACGCUCCGUUUGAGUAAUGACGUACGGGUCCCAGUCUGUACUUCAAUAUCGUUACAGCAAUUGGGUCAGUUGAUCGCGGCAGCUUCAACCACGAAAAAUGUCACAGAUGAUUCACCUAUGAAUCGGAUCUACAACCAAAGUAAAAUCAACACGCCACUUCCGGAAGGCUACGCCCCAUAUCGCAACUCGAGUGUAGCCUAUAAGGUUUACGAGAAGGAGGUAUCGUGGGUGGAGGCGAAAAAGCUAUGCGAGAAGGAUGGUGCGCGUUUGGGGAUAGCUGAUAGCCAAGAGACGUACAGCUAUUUCAAUCACCUGCCGAGUAACAGACAAAGAAUACACGUAGGCAUUUACCGUCUAUUCGACAAAUGGGUCAGCGUUCGAGACGGAUCCGUUGUAAAUGAUAUACCAUUUGAAAGUGGUCACGUUGACCUGAAUCACGGAUGUGUCAGAACAAGAACGUGGGAUGGUCUUCUCGAAACUAUCCCUUGCCACCGCAACGAAACAAACUCUCAAGCCGGAGUGCCAUUAGGGUAUUAUCUCUGCGAGAUUGAAAUUCCGGAAAACACCUUUAAACGAUAA